GCACUUUAUUCCAUUCCAUUAUUAACCUUAUUCUUACACCAAAAGUAAUUGCUAGUCCGAUGCCCAGGUGCCAUCAAGGCGCACUAGGACGAACUCGCACACACUUGGUUCCAUCAUCAACCUUAUUCUUACACUAUAAGUAAGUGGCAGUCUGCGAGGAUUGACAUCCUAUCUUCCACCAGAUUACCCCACCGUGACGCACACAGCUGAAGCAGUGAUGUCUCUCCCAACUAUUUCUCGUGAAUAUCGCACCCAGGGUGACGGCUAUCAGAACUUGAAACUUCAAUCGGCGACUCUCUCUAAGCCGAAGGCUACCGAGGUGACCGUCAAAAUACAUGCCGUCUCCCUGCAGUUUCGCGACUUGAUGGUCUCCAAAGGAAUUUACCCACAGCAAAAGUGGGACAUCGUUCCUUGCUCUGAUGGCGCAGGUGAGAUUGUUGCACUUGGGGAAGAGGUCAAAGGGUGGAAAAUCGGAGAUCGUGUCUGCCCAAACUUUGCACUGGAUCAUAUUCAUGGCGAUGUCACUGAAGACAUCAAAUUGACCGGACUUGGUGGCCACAUUGAUGGUGUGCUUCGGGAGUACAUCAAUGUCCCCGUUCACUCGCUGGUCCGCAUCCCAGAAUAUCUUUCAUAUGAAGAAGGGUCGACUCUUCCAUGCGCGGCGUUGACAGCUUACAACGCUUGUCUUGGACCCGUUCCUCUCAAAGGCGGAGACUAUGUUCUUGUUCUCGGUACCGGCGGUGUUUCAACCUUCGCCGCCCAAUUUGCCCUUGCUUCUGGUGCUAUCGUCAUUGUCACGUCAUCUUCUGAUGAAAAAUUACUUGUUGCAAAGAAAUUGGGCGUGCAGCACACCAUCAACUACAAGAAGAACGUUAAAUGGGACGAAGAAGUCUUGAACAUCACCGGCGGCCGUGGCGUUGACCACAUCAUCGAAGUCGGAGGGCCCAAUACUAUACUGAAAUCUAUCAAUGCCGUACGCUAUGCUGGGUGGAUUCAUAUCAUCGGCUUUGUGUCCGGGGGCGAUAACGGUAUUCCUGUGACCCUUGCGAUCUUGAAGACGAUUAUUCUCCGGGGAAUUUUGAUUGGCUCUGUCAAACAGUUUGAGGACAUGAACCGACUGCUUACAGCGCGUCAAAUCCGCCCAGUGGUAGACAAAGUCUUUUCCUUCGAGGAGGCUACUGAGGCUUAUGUGUAUCUCGAGAGCCAGCACCAUGUCGGAAAGGUAGUAAUCAAAUUGGCGUGAGGUGCAACGAUGUAAGGGUCAAGUGUAGGUAUCGAGUAAUCCCGUUUUGUUCCACAUAAAUAUGUGUGUAGGAUAUGUGACAGUGGGUGACUAUCCGUAGGCCAAAAUAAUGCGGAAUAGAAUAUAAUAGAAUAAAAAAUGCCAUUUAAGGAA